AUGGUGCACUGCUUGGACGACGGCGACCCGGUCGAUGCGGAAGGAACGGUCGCGUUUUGCGGGCGCUCCAUAACGUGCGACGAAGCGAGCGCGGUCAUGAAGUGCAUCUACACCCGCCACCUUCUCUUUGAGAGCUCGCGCGACCUUCGAAAUUACUCGUACUGGGGGUUUGCGUCGGGGUUUCCCGUCUUGGACGACCCCGAUCGCGCCGCGGUCGAGGCCGGACUUGUGCACCCGCACAUCGAAAUGCGGCCAGUUGAAAUCCCUGGUAUUGGCGCUCAGAUGGGUCUCUUCGCCACCCAAGACAUUCCACCAAACACGCUGCUCGGCGAGUACACGGGCGUGGUCCAUGUCGAUCGCGGCGGCGCGUUCGACAACUACGGUCUCGCAUAUCCGUCCACGUACGAACACGGCAACAUGUGCAUCAGCGCCGCUGAAUAUGGAAACGCCAUGCGCUGCAUCAACCACAGCUCGACACAUCCCAACGCAGCGUUUACGUCGGCCGUGUGCACCGGCAUCCUCCGCAUGCUCUGUAAAACCCAGCGACAUGUUGCAGCGGACGCUCAAAUCCUCAUCAACUACGGCGACGCGUACUGGAAAGCUGCGAACGUCGUCCCAUUCGAAUGGCCGACCGACGCGGCAUGAGUCGCCCCAUACAUCGAUUAGUUGGGUCCUUGUCUGCUGGAAAAAGCUUUGUACACUUGGA